CCAAGCGUAUAGUACAAAGCCUUGUAGAUAUACUUGUAUUACAUACAUAUAUAUACCAAAGAGGCGGGAAAGCUUAAACCCUAGUACCCAACCUUCAAGAAAUUGGCUAAGCUUUCUGAGUUCGUUCAAUCCAAAAUAUGGGAAUUAAGGGUUUAAUGAAGCUGUUGGCUGAUAAUGCUCCAAGUGGAAUGAAGGAGCAGAAAUUCGAGACUUAUUUCGGUCGUAAAAUAGCAAUCGAUGCUAGUAUGAGCAUUUACCAGUUCCUGAUUGUAGUAGGACGAAGCGGUACGGAAAUGCUCACUAACGAAGCUGGGGAAACUACUAGUCAUUUGGUUGGGAUGUUUUCGCGGACGAUUAGGCUUCUGGAAGCUGGAAUCAAGCCUGUUUAUGUUUUUGAUGGUAAGCCCCCUGAUUUGAAGAAGCAAGAACUUGCAAAACGUUACUCUAGAAGGGAAGAUGCCACAGAUGACUUGGCUAAGGCUACAGAGAGUGGCAACAAGGAGGAUAUUGAGAAAUUCAGCAAGAGAACAGUAAAGGUUACGCCACAACACAAUGAUGACUGCAAAAAGCUUCUCAGACUAAUGGGGGUACCUGCUGUUGAGGCUCCUUCUGAAGCAGAGGCCCAGUGUGCUGCACUUUGCAAGGCAGAAAAGGUUUAUGCUGUGGCCUCUGAAGAUAUGGAUUCCUUAACUUUUGGAGCUCCAAAGUUUCUUCGCCAUUUAAUGGAUCCUAGCUCCAAAAAGAUACCAGUGAUGGAAUUUGAUAUCUCCAAGGUAUUGGAGGGACUUGAACUUAGUAUGGAUCAGUUCAUAGACUUGUGCAUUCUUUGUGGAUGCGAUUACUGUGAUAGCAUCCGAGGCAUAGGUCCCCAGACGGCUUUGAAGCUUGUACGCCAACAUGGGUCAAUGGAGAGCAUAUUAGAGAAUAUUAACAAAGAGAGAUAUCAAAUACCUGAUGAUUGGCCUUAUGAAGAGGCUAGGCGGCUCUUCAAGGAACCAUUAGUUGUUACAGAUGAUGAGCAAACUGAUCUAAAAUGGGCUGCUCCUGAUGAAGAAGGGUUGGUUAACUUUCUGGUAAAGGAAAAUGGAUUCAACAUUGAUAGAGUUACAAAGGCAAUAGAAAAGAUCAAGACAGCCAAGAACAAAUCUUCUCAGGGGCGGUUAGAAUCAUUCUUUAAACCAGUUAGCACAUCUGCUCCAGUUAAAAGAAAGGAAACAGCUCACACCACUGAGAAAGGAGCUGCUAACAAGAAAUCAAAGGCUAGUGGUAGUAAGAAGAAAAAGUAGUUAGCAUCAAGUUAAAGCUUGCAGUGAAGUGAUGGUUUCGCACCUUGGUCAGUCAAGAAUGUCCAGUCACAUUGCUGCUUGCGGAGUCUUUGGUAGUUGGUGCCUCAAUUUUGUUUGUUCUUCUGGAAGAAAAUCCACCGAUUAGUCAGGCCUCGUUUCUUUUCUUUUCUUCUGUACCUCUCCACCCUGCCCUCUUUUUCAAUGAAUGAAUGUAUACAUCUGGAUUAUCCUGGGUUCUCAUCCUAUGUGAAUUGGCAUUUCUGUAAGUUGCAUGUACCAUUUAAUUCAUAAAACCAAUCUUAAAUCUAGUAAUUGGCACAGUUGAU